GUUGGAUGGUUGUUUGAAGUGUGCAAACCAAACCGGAAAAUAUGUAGAACCCUGUUGUGAGAGCAAAACAAAGACAACGACAACAACAACAACGACAGCAAUAAAAAAUCCGCGCCACCAAUGUUUUUUGUUUCUUUGGCUCUGUGGCCAAGCAAAUGUAUUACCACACAUCAGUUUGUAUUUAUGUCAAGUCCAGCGUGGUUCACAUUUAAUCCACACACACCGUACAAGAGAAGAAGCAACAGAAUUUAGAAAUAAAAAAGAAAGAAAAAAAUUACAAAAAAUACCUAAAUCCUCUCUAACGUACCAACCAACAACCCAACAAUAUUCGACUAGACACAAGUGGAGGACAACGCACGGCUGGCCAUUCCAAAAAAACAGAAACAACAUUGCUUCAAAAAAAAUUCAAGAAACUAUAAAUAAUUCAAAUUUCAAAUAGUAUUGUGCAAAAACGCAAGGAAAGAGACAACACCGAAAAAAAAUUCAAAACAACUGGAAAAUAUUAAAAAAAUAAAUAAAACAAAGUUUUUAAGUGACAAAUUUAAAGAAAAAAUAAAUAAAAAAAUGCAUUUCCACAAAGUGAAUACCUUGCUAUUGCCUCUGCUCUUCAUUGUGGGCUUGGUGAUAAUUUCAGGCAUUGAUGCUGUGGAAAAUCAACAACAACAAAAGGGUAAACAGGAUGUUGCCUCCAACGAAUUCGAUUACAGCGAAGAAACUGAGCCUGAGCCCACCAACGGCGAUGUGACCCCAACAAUGGCAUCAAAACCAUAUUUUGAAAAUAAAUUAAAUGUUGUCUAUUAUUCGCAUGAGGGCGAAAACAUAACCUUAAAUUGUGCGCCAAAAAAUUUCAAUGAAGCCGUUAACUUGAUCAUGUGGUACCGCGAUGAAUUGCCCAUUACAAAUGGCAACACCACACUGGUGGUGGGCAUGUACGAUGUGGACAACAAGCACAGCCUUACCAUUUAUAAUUAUACCAGCACAAAGAGCGGUAAUUUCUCGUGUUCCGUUAUGCCGGCCGAUGUGCGUCAGUAUGUGAAGAUUGAAUUGAAGGCACCUGAAAAUAUCACCGAAAUGAAUGGUGGAGCUUCGAUUUUGAGUGGCAUAAAUACCAUAAUCAUGAUGAUCAUCAUGGCCAUAUCAAUUUGGUAUUAAAUUUAAGAGAAUUGUUUUUUUUUUGUGUGCAUAUAUAUAUAUAUACAUACAUAUAUAUUUUUUGUCCUGUAUCUGCCUAACUAAAAGAAAUCGAAAGGAAACAUUUUUAGGAAAUCUCAGACAACAUUAUCAACAAAUGGAACAAAAUUUAUAAUUAUUAUUAUAUACGAGUGUAAAAAGAGGCUGAAACAACUACAACAACAACACAUUUCACAUCAUAUAACACGUUCAUUGCAUCGAACCUACCAACAUAUAUCUCUUUAUCUUAUCAUGUUAAACGAAACCACUGACAUACAAUGCUAAUUAUAUACAAACAAAAGAAGAACAAAAAAAGAACCACAAAUGUACUUAUAUACGAAGAAAUUAGCAAGAUUUUUUCUUUAGAAGAAAUAACAAUUAACAAUAGUUUGUUUUCUGUUAGAUCUGUGAAAUUACGAUAAUUAGCUAGCUCGGUUCACAUUUAUGUGCGUUUUACAGGAGAGCAUGGCCACACAUGCAAUUAUCUUAAAUAUCUCAGAGAGUUUCUUUUUGUAGGGGUUUGUAGGUAGAAAACUGUCGUAGUUAUUAAAACUCUAUUAAAGCUAGCUGCCCACACAUCAUCAAUCAAGUAAAUCUGUUUUAAGAAUUUUAAAUUGUUUAAAUCAUUAAAAGAGAGGUUUAGAUCAGUUUGUUUUCUGUUAGAUUUAUGAAAUUAUAAUAAUUAGCUAGCUGAGUUCAUAUUUAUUUGCAAUUUACAGGGUAGCAUGGCCAGACAUUCAAUUAUCUCAAAGAAUUUCCAUUUGUAGGGGUUUAUAGGUAGAAAACUCUCUUAAUGAUUAAAAACACAAUUAAAGCUAGCUGACCAAUCAAGUAAAUCUGUUUUAACAAUUUUUAAUUGUCUAAAUCAUAAAAAGAGAGGUUUAGAUCAGUUUGUUUUCUGUUAGAUUUAUGAAAUUAUAUUAAUUAGCUAUCAGGGUUCACAUUUAUGUGCGAUUUACAGGUUAGCAUGGUCAGACAUUCAAUUAUCUCAAAUAUCUCAGAGUUUCCUUUUGUAGGGGUGUAUAGGUAGAUAACUUUCGUAGUUAUUAAAACUCAACUAAAGCUAGCUGGCCACAUAUUCAUUCAAGUAAUUUUGUUGAAGAAAACUCUCUUAAUGAUUAAAAACUCGAUUAAAAUUACCUGGCCAUAUAUUCAAUCAAGAAAAUCUGUUUAAAUAUUCUUAAAUGGUUUAAACCAUAAAAAGAGAUGUUUAGAUCAGUUGUUUUUCUGUUAGAUUUAUGAAAUUUCAUAUAAUUAGCUAUCAGGGUUCAUAUUUAUUUGCAAUUUACAGGGUAGCAUGGCCAGACAUUGAAUUCUUAAAUAUCUCAGAAAAUUCCCUUUUGUAGGGGUUUAUAGGUAGAAAACUCUCGUAGUUAUUGCAACUCUAUUAACCCUUAACUACAGACCACCGGUAAUUGUUACCGGUUAUAUAAAACACAUAAAAUUUCUGUAAAACAAUUGGAAAAUUUGUUUAAUAUAUGUCUGUUAUAUAUUUUUUGUAUAUCAAGAUCUUGAAAAAGUUUUAAAACUAUUUACUUUUAUAAAACCGCGCAUUUUUUUAAACAAAAUACAUUCAGUUAUCCCCGAAAUUGAAAAAUCGUAAAUGCUUACCGCUAAAAAAUACCGGUCAUCUGUAGUUAAGGGUUAAAGCUAGCUGGCCACACAUUCAUUCAAGUAAUUUUGUUGCUUUGGUUAAACAUUUGAAAAAAGGUGUAAUCCAUUAAAAAAUGGCCACACAUUCAACCAAGUAAAUCUGUUUGUUUAAUAAUUGUAAAUGAUCUACCCCCUUAAUCUCUUAAUAAUUAAUAAAUCUACUAAAGCUAACUGGCCACACAUUUAAUGAAGUGAAUAUGUGGUUAUGUUUAUUAUAUAUUGAAUAGAGAUAUGUAAAAGUUCUAUUGGGAAAUUGAUAUGUCAAAAAUUUUAAAAAAGGUUUUUUUUUAACCCUUUAAAUGAUUUACAAUUCAGUUAAAGCUAGCUGGCCACACAUUCAAUCAAGUAAAUCUGUGGUCGUGUUUAAAAAUUGUAAAUGGCCAAAUAUAUUUAAUAGAGAUAUGUUAAAAUUCUAUUCUAAUGCAGAACAAUUUUUAUAUUGUAUAGCAUUACCAUUAGGAAAUUGAUAUGUCAAAAAGGUUUUUUUUUAAACUCUCUUAAUGAUUAAAAAUUCAGUUAAAGCUACCUGCGGCCACUCAUUCAAUCAAGUAAAUCGUGGUUAUGUUUGAUAAUUGUAAAUGGUAUACUCCUUUAAUCUCGUAAUAAUUAAUAAAUCUACUACAGCUAGCUGGUCACACAUUGAAUCAAGAAAAUCUGUUAUUAUUGUAAUGUUUAGUAAAUCUAUUGAAGCUAGCUGGUCACACAUUCAAUCAAGCAAAUCUGUUGUUAAGUUUAAAAAUUGUAAAUGGCCAAAUAUAUUUAAUGGAGAUAUGUAAAAGUUCUAUUCUAAUGCAGUACAAUUUUUAUAUUGUAUAAGGUACCAUUAGGACAUUGAUAUGUCAAAAAUAUUUUUUAUAAGUUUUCUUAUAAAACAAUAAUCGCAGGGUAUUAUUUUAUGCCGUUUUUAACAAUUUUUAUAAUUUUGAAUAACUUUUCAUUCAAAAUUUUCAUUUUCAAAAUUGGUUUGACAGUUCAUUGUCCGAGCAGCUGUGUCGAUGCGACUAUCUGUAUUAGUAUGUAUCAGUCUACAUAUGACCAAAUUAGAAUUAUCUUUUCCUUAAAGGUGAGGAUACAUAAAACGCUCUCCUGACUGGCUUAUGUCAUCGGCUGGCUUCUUCGGAAAAUAACAAAAGAGCGUAGGACCAAAAUCAAUCUAAGUCAACCUUAAACUCUUUUGUUCCUCUACUCUAAGAAACCAGCUGAUGACUUAAACUAGUCAAAAAAGCGUUUUAUGUAUACUCACCUUAAGAAAGACUCAUCCAUUUCUUUCGUAGUUUGCGUAGUGAAUUAUUGAAUUGAACUACUUUCUUUGUGAAUUAAACCAAAAGACAAGACAAUUGGGUGCAUGUUAUUAUAAUAAAAUACAACUCUGGUUGGAGACAAUUUGUCUUGUGUAAACACAAGUCGAUAACAUUUUAAAAAAGUUCCAAAAUAUACUUCUGGACACAGUAGAAUCAAGAAGGUAGCUCAUUCACUUUUUUGACGAAAUUAUUUUUUUACCAACAUCUAAUUGUCAAAAUGUGUAUUCAUAAAUUUAUUCUGUACACACAAAUCACAGAUGGGAACUUGCUUUUGCUAAAGUCAAAUUUGACAGGUACAUUAUAGAAAAUUGUAGGGUAUGCUAAUUUGAAAUGAGACUGACUUGAAUUAAUUGUACCAUGUAAAUUCACUGUUGGUUUUUAUUAAUCCCAGUUCCAUAUAUUUUCAAAAUUUGUGGAAAAUAUUUUCGAAUAUUGUGAAAUAACAAAUAAUAUAAUUUAAUGUGUGGCCGGUUGGUUUUGGUGAAGUUUUUCUCUGUGUGUACCCAGUAUUAGAUACCUUUCAUAUAAGUAGCUAAGUAUUGUUCUUUUCCAGAACCUGUAAGAAUCCACUAGUUUAGCUUUUUUCGAUAUCAUAAAGGGAAAAUCGGUUAUCGUAGUAAAAAUUUUUACAUUCUUGCAAUUCUGGAACAGACCAUGAUAGAAUCAAUGCAACACAACUCACCGGUUUUUCUCAUCUUUAAAUUUUAUAGCUGGUUUACAUAUAGAUUUUUUGCAAAUAUUUAAUAGUGACAUAUACCAAUCACAAUAAGCUUACUCAAAUUUAUUGUGAUUGAUCAAUUGUCAAAAUUAAUCCUGAAAAAAUAUAUGUAAAUGUACUUUUAGAUUAAAUUCAGCUGAUCAUCAGAUGUUUAAAAGCCGUAAACAAAGGUUUUAAAAUGUCAAUUCCAUGGAGAAAUAAUAAGGCGCUACACCAAUCAGACAAAAUGUCAUAAUGUGUUUACGGUUUGUUUAUCUUUUUUUGUACUGUGAUUUCAAUAACAAUAAGUGUUUUGACAACUCACCUAGAUGAUCAGCUGUGUAUAUGUCAAGCGAAAUCCACGGGAUUUAAGAUUUGACAUUUACGCAAUGCCACUGAAAAUUGAAAUCCACGAAAUCUAUUAUAUGUAAACAAACCAUCAGUCUGGUAAUCAGCUGAUCAUGAUUUCUCUUUAGAAUGCAUGGCAGAAGAAUAUAGGUAGACGCAUCGACCCAGCUGCUGGGACAAUGAACUGUCAAACCAAUUUUGGAAUUGAAAAUGUUGAAUGAAAAAUUAUUUAAGUUUGAAAAAAUGUUGAAAAACGUGAAUUAUAAUAACCUUCGAAUGACGUCGUAUAAGAAAAAAACAUUUAAAAUUUUUGACAUAUCAAUAUAUCCAAACGUUGAUGAUGCAUCUACCUGUAUUCUUCUACCAUGUAAUCAGCUGAUCAUGAUUGCUUGCUUACUUUCUCUUAACAACGUUUCUCUCUCCCUCUUCCCCUUAAACAACGUUUACAUGAUUACUUUUGAAAAAUGAAUUUACAACCAUAUGACCAUUUAAUGCUUAAAAUCAAUGCCAAAAGAGUAUAGUUAGUUGCGAUAAGGUAAAAUUGAAUCAUAAUUUCCAAAUUAUAUGAUGUAUGCAUGGUAGAAUCAAGAAGGUAGGGUCAUGUAGUCACAUGUUUACAUUUUUUUUUAAAAAUUAUUCAUUUGACAACAUUUUAUUGUCAAAAUUUGAAAUUUAAAAAUCCAUUGUACAGAGAUUGGAACCUGUUCUUAUGUAAAGAAAUGUGACAAGGUAAAUUACAGAAAAUGCAGAGAUGGGUAUGCUUUUUUUUGAAAUGACUUUACCUUCUUAAUUUUGCCAUGAAUGUAUGUUUGAUUUUAGCUCUCUUCUUUGCCUCAUUGAAGUUAAUUCUCGUCAACAGUUUUAUUUUUAUUAUUAUUUUUUCUAUUUUGUAAAUUGUAUUAUAUUAAUGUGUAGAUUUUAUUUUGUUAAACAAAAUUUUUCAUAAUUUAAAAUUAGUCAAGUCAAGCGAAACAAAAAAACUAAAAAUAAAAAUUCAAAAAAAAAAAAAAAAAACAAACACCCGGGCCAAAUGUAGUUAACUCCAAAUUGUUUAAGGCUUGGAUAUUGAUCAGUUUUAUAAAAAUAUAUAUUUUUUUGGGUGAACUACAAAACAAUGUAAUUUUGUAUUUUUUUUUUUUGCAUUUUAUAUUAUAUAUAGUAAGAUGUAUUAGUAAUAAUUAAAAACGCGCAAAUUUUAUUUUUUGUAAAAUAUUUUUCUAGUUUUCCAAAUUAUAUACAAAUGUCAUAUUUUUUGUGAUUUUGUCAUUGCAUUUUUUUGUCGCAAAAUCAAAGCCAAAGUUAAAUUAGAGUGCCUCCAUAGAAAAAAUUUUCAAAAAAAUAAUAUAAAAAAUAACGAAAAAACAACAAAACAGCAGCAUGCUUGCUAAGUUUUACAUUAAAAUAUAAAUUAAAUUUACACCUACUGCAUUCGUACAUAAAUACAUAUUUAUAGUAUGUAUAAAUAGUAGCUAUAUGUAAUAACAGAACUCUUAAGAAAGAAUCGAAACAAAAACAAAAAAACACAUUUCCCCAAUCUCUGCCUCCCUCCCUCCACACAAAGUGCAAAUCUCUAUGCAAUCUCUCUUUACAGUCCAUCCAUCAAUUUCCCCCUGGCCCUUACCAAAAAAAAAGAAAAAAAAAAAACAAAAGCCCCCCAGUGUUAUUUUUAGUGCCUGUCGCCUUUUAUGCGUUAAAGAAGAAAACAAAAACUCGAAAUAAAAAAAAUUAUGAUAUUUUGGACAGAUGUGUCAGAUAAAUGUUGUUAACGUGGCUGGAACGAACCACAUAUGCACACAGAUGUGCGUAUGUUUAUAUUUUAAACAGCCAGAAAAUCAAAUAAAUAGAAAUGAAUUUUAUCCAACUCCUCCUCCUCCUCCCUCGCCAUCUCCAACAACAAAUCUAAUCUUUUGUGCAACAACAACCCCCCCACCCUCACACUUCCCCAACUUCCUGAAAACAUUAAUGUGUGUAUGUGGAUGUAAACACAUAAUAUUUGAUUUAAAAAAAACGAACAACAACAAAUACCAUAGAUCAACAACAAUACUCCAAGAAAAUCUGUUAUAUAGUUUAAAUACUUCCAAAUAAGACUAUUUAAUUCAUUAAAAACAACAAAAACCAA